AUGGAUUACUCCACUCAUCUACAAGCUACCUCUAAUACUCCUCUAUCUGAUGUUUCUGCUUCAUCUUAUCGUCGACUUGUUGGUCGUCUUAUUUACCUUACCAACACUCGGCCAGACAUCACUCAUGUUGUUCAACAACUUAGUCAGUUCAUGGCACAUCCCAUGACUGCUCAUUCUCAGGCUGCUUUUCGUGUCCUUCGAUACCUCAAAAGCUCUCCUGGUUCUGGCAUUUUCCUUCUUACUCAUGGUGAUUUGCGCCUUAAGGCUUUCAGUGAUUUAGAUUGGGCUGGGUGUCGUGAUUCUCGUUGCUCUAUCACUGGUUUUUCUAUAUUUCUUGGCAACUCCCUUAUUUCGUGGCGUUCAAAGAAGCAAACCACGGUUUCCCGUAGUUCUUCCAAAGCUGAGUACUGUGCUCUAGUGUCGACUACGUGUGAACUUCAGCGGCUCACUUAUAUCCUUAAAGACACUCACGUUCCUUUCGUUCAACUUGCUAUCCUCUACUGUGAUAACAAUUCUGCCAUUUAG